AUGUCGCCGGCUAUCACAGACGACACCACACCCAAUAACACCAAUAAUCCAUGCAUAAAAUUCGUUGUCGCCAAUAUCAACGUUUCUGAAAAGUUUAUUGCUCUCAUCGCAACAUAUGCUCUUAGCAGAAUUGUGCACUACCUGCUAAGGCCUCUAUCCCAACCUUACAUAACGUCCGAUAUUACCAUAGGGCUGGUUCUAACAAGCCUACCCCGUGUGCGAGAUUCCUUCACGACUCCAUUCAAUUUAGCUGUGGAAAAUGCUGUCGACUUUGGCAUGAUAUGCUAUGCUUUCGUUUUGGGUCUCGAAAUGGACCCUUACGUGAUAUUUAAGCCGCCAACCCGCCAAGCAAUGGUGGCUUACGCUGGAAUGCUGUGUACAUUCAUCAUGGCUAGCACUGUCACUCCAUGGCUGAAUUAUUUGAAGGAAACGAGGGCCGUAAGCUCCACCUUAUCCCUCUCGAUUUGUCUCUCCGGUAACGGCUCUCACAUACUCACCCGUUUGAUGACCAAACUCAAAGUAGGCAAGUCGGACAUAGGGAAGCUUAGUAUCAGUGCUGGAGUGCACUCCGAUAUGAUCACUAUGCUUUUACUAGCCAUCGGUUUUGUCUUCUUUCCAGCGGAAAACAUCGUGAACAUUAGAGACGAGGUUAAGAUGAUCAAAAUGGGGGUUGCACUUGUGAUUCAAACAAUAGUGGCGGCAAAUGUAUCACCUAUUUUCAUUAAUUGGAUCAACAAUGAGAACCCUGAAGGAAAGCCACUCAAAGGCUCACACCUUGUUCUGUCAAUGGCCUUCAUGGCCUCUAUAUGCUCCUGGGCACCGUGGUUCGGUUACAACUCGGUUAUGAGUGCAUUUAUGGGAGGUCUUUUUUUACCGUCCGAGGGGCGAAUAUCGAAAUGGGCUAUUAGCAAACUCAACAACUUGUUAAGCAUACUCUUUUACCCACUUUUCUUCUUUUGGGUGGGGCUUAGGCUUGAUAUCUCGAGAUUUGAAGCAGGUAUUGUUGGAACAUGGGUAAGACUGUUAUGCCUUGUGGUGAUUGCAACAAUAGGCAAAGUGGGUGGAACACUCCUCUGUGGCUUAACGUUAGGUUACCAUAGGCCGGAAAUGGUAGCAGUCGGAUUACUCUUGACGGCAAAGGGUCAUUUCCACGUAUACUUGGCCGUUGAUGCACUCAGGCGAGGAAGGAUCGACGUUACGACGUGUACGUUGAUGAUAAUUCUGGUAUUCUUAUCCGUCGUGCACACACCGAUUGUUGUGAAACAUAUAAUAGAACGAGCAAGGAAAAGGGUACCAAUCCAGAGGAUGGCUCUACAAUGGCUUGAUCCUUCAAGCGAACUUCGAAUUUUGCUAUGCCUACACGGACCACAUAAUCUUGAUUCAGCCAUCAGCUUAAUGGAGAUCUCUCGAGGCAGAUCUGACCCUGGACUCUUUGUUCAUGUCACCGACAUGAUCGAGCUUACAGAGCAAAUAGCUGCAGCAAUGGCACCCGGAGAAGGGAUGGACAAUAUCACGAUAACCGACACGUCGAUCACGGAAAUGAGAGAUCAAAUCACUCAUGCUUUUCAAACUUACAUAAAUGAAAAUGGGGGUAGUGGUGGUAUCAAGAUGAGCCGAGUGCUUGCACUAUCCACAUUCAAUAGCAUGCCACAAGAUAUUUGUGCUUUAGCAGAGGAUUUGAUGGUUUCCCUUAUUUUGUUGCCGUUUCAUAAGAGACUGAAUGAAAACGGUAUGCUUGAUGAGGGCCAUCCUGGUUUCAGAUAUGUUAAUCGCAAGCUGCUUAGAAACGCCCCAUGUUCUACUGGGAUUUUGGUGGACAGGGGUUUUUGUUUUACCAGUAAGUUUCCAAGGUCAUCUGCACCAAAAGUGGCUGUCCUUUUUAUCGGAGGCAAAGAUGACCGAGAAGCACUAGCCUUUGCCGGUCGUGUUGCGAGGCAUCCAGGAGUAAAGCUCACGGUAAUAAGAUUCCUGGUAGACAAAAACUCAGAACAUGCACCACGAAGAGUGAAUAACAGAGUAAGUGCAGCAGAUCAAGAAGAGGAGAUGAAGCUCGACGACGAGUGUUUUGCUCAAUUCUAUGAGAAGCAUGUAGCAGGGAGUGAAGUUGCUUAUAUGGAGAAACAUCUUGCAAAUUCAUCAGAGACCUACACUAAUCUUACAUCAUUGGAGGGGCAGUAUUCUCUUAUCAUUGUAGGGCGGGGCGGACGAGCAAAUACAGUAUUGACACAAGGACUAAAUGAUUGGCAACAAUGUCCAGAAUUGGGUCCGGUAGGGGACGUACUAUCAGGAUCUAGUUCAGCAUCCGGUACCUCCAUCUUGAUUAUCCAACUACACAAUAUUAAAGCGCAACUAGAUGGCCUAAGUGAAGAGUUCUCCAUUAUGUAAAUAUCAAUACUGGUAAGACAGUUUAAAACUUUAGGAUACCAAAAUCCAAGCCGGGUAAAUGUAGCUUGUAGGUAGAAAUAUAUCAUAUUCUUUCUUCAUACUGUUCUGGCCAUAAAACAGAGCAAGAACAGGGGACAA